UUUUACAGUGAGAGACAGCCCAGCUAAUGCUUCAAACAUCGGCGAGCAGACGCGCAGCAUCUCCUCCACACAAUGGGCAAGGCUGGCAAGCUGAGUGCAGUAUAAAUCACGUUUAGCAAGUACAGUUUCGGGCUGUGCGGGGAUCCCGAGCAGCCGUCGCCGCCGAAGAGCUCCUGUCCUAAUUUGGCAUUGAGUGAGGACAAAACAUCAGUCAGCUCCACGGCCCAACCAGAGUCUAAGAUGCCCUAGGCGGGGAGAAGGGAAAUGUAAAUGGCUUCCAAAGUAAAAGAUGCUGUGGUGUGGUACCAGAAAAAGAUCGGCGCCUAUGACCAGCAGAUUUGGGAGAAAUCAGUGGAACAGAGAGAAAUCAAGGGCUUGAGGAACAAGCCAAAGAAGACAGGACAUGUCAAACCAGAUCUUAUAGACGUGGACUUGGUUAGAGGUUCGGCAUUUGCCAAGGCCAAACCAGAGAGUCCGUGGACGUCACUGACCAGGAAAGGCAUCGUCAGAGUCGUCUUCUUCCCGUUCUUUUAUCGGUGGUGGAUCCAGGUCACCUCCAGAGCCAUUUUCCUCUUACUGCUGGCUCUUUAUUUGCUGCAAGUGGCAGCAGCAAUCCUGUAUGUGACCAUCCCUCAGCCUCAUGGGAUACCGGCCACCGAGGUGUUUGGAGCCAUCUGGCUCAUGUUGCUGCUGGGCACCGUCCACUGUCAGAUUGUCUCAACCAGGACCCCGAAACCUGCCUCCAGCAGCGGGGGGAAGAGACGUAGGAAGUUGAGGAAGGCAUCUCAGAUGGAGGUGCAUAGGGAAGGCGACGGCUCUAGCACUACCGAUAACACACAGGAGGGGUCGCCACACUCCCACUCAGCCAGCACCACAUACAGCCUGGGCGCUCUCUUCCAAGAUUUCUGGCAUGAUAUCUGUAAAGCUGGAUCUAAGAAGUCCAAGCUUUCCAUCGACAAAUCUACAGAGACAGACAACGGCUACGUGUCGCUGGACGGCCGGGUGACCAAUCGCAGCAGCGAGGAGGGACUUCAGCUCCAUGACCAGCGAUGUGAUUCGUUAAACAGAGCUGACGAGGUGUGCUGGAACUCGCACGUCCAGCCCACACACGCUCACCUAGCCCGCAGCACAGGACUGAUGCUAGCCAGUGGCAACAAGGAGCCAGCCUCAGAUGAGGCGUCCAGCGAGGAGGACCCUGAAGCGUCCUACACCGCCCUUCGCAGGGGAGUCGAAAGAAUGAACAGUGACUGUACACUCCGAAACCGCAAGAAUACACAACACUACAAGAAACACUACGCUGUCGAGGACGUCCCUAAGUCCGGCACCAGCUGCAGCUCCAGAUGUUCCAGUCUGAGGACUCAGGACUCAGAGAGCACUCGACACGAGUCAGAGACAGAGGACCUGAUGUGGGAAGACUUCCUGCACUGUGCUGAGUGUAGAUCCUCAUGCACGUCAGAAACAGAGGGAGAAGGAGGAGGAACACCUGUAUGCCCCCCUGCUAAAAAGGAAUAUAGAGACGACCCUUUCCAUCAGGGUCACGUCCCCUGGCUGCACAGCUCUAACCCUGGCCUGGAGAGAGUGAGUGCUAUAGUGUGGGAGGGAAACGAGUGUAAGAAGGCCGACAUGUCCGUCCUGGAGAUCAGCGGCAUGAUCAUGAACAGAGUGAAUCUCUACACUCCUGGUAUUGGUUACCAAGUCUUUGGGAACCUGGUUUCAGUGACACUUGGACUCACACCUUUUGCGUACAGGCUGGCUCAGUACCGUGACUUGGAUCAGCUGACCACGCUCUCAGCCAAUGAGCUGCUGUCUGUGGCUAUGGGGGGUGGAUCUGGAUCCGAUGCACUGGUCAUCACCAUGGUAACACUGAGCUUCCUGGUGCGCGUUUGCCUUAUAUGGCUCUUCUUCUUCCUGCUCAGUGUAGCAGAGAGGACCUACAAACAGAGGCUACUGUUUGCCAAGCUGUUUGGUCACCUGACUUCGGCCCGCAGAGCCAGGAAGUCUGAAGUGCCCCAUUUUAGACUGAAAAAGGUUCAGAACAUCAAGAUGUGGCUGUCGCUACGCUCCUACCUCAAGAGACGGGGUCCUCAGCGUUCAGUGGAUGUGAUCGUAUCAUCAGCCUUUCUGCUCACUUUGUCCGUCGUCUUCAUCUGCUGUGCUCAGUUGCUCCACGUCCAUGAAACGUUCCUGGAGUGUCACUAUAACUGGGAGCUGGUGAUCUGGUGCUCCAGUCUGUCUCUGUUCCUGCUCAGGUUUGUCACUCUGGGCUCUGAGACCAGCAAAAAGUACAGCAACACCUCCAUACUGCUCACUGAACAGAUCAAUCUGUAUCUGAAGAUGGAGAAGAAGCCAAAUAAGAAAGAGGAGCUGACACUGGUCAACAAUGUGUUAAAACUGGCUACCAAACUACUCAAGGAGCUCGAUACUCCGUUCAGGUUGUAUGGCUUGACCAUGAACCCUCUGCUCUACAACAUCACCCAGGUGGUCAUCCUGUCUGCUGUGUCAGGAGUCAUAUCUGACCUGUUAGGAUUUAACCUGAAGCUGUGGAAAAUCAAAUCAUGACAGUGAACAGAGAAACGGUGUCAACUUGUCAAUCUCACUGACUGAAAGACUGAACGGCAGCCUCGACAUAUCGUAGUGCUUUGACCUUCAAUGUUCUCACUUUGUGCAAUUUACAAAACUAUUUAUUUACCCACUCAGUGUUUUUACUUAGGGUUUAUUUGAAAUCUAGUUUGUUUCCAUAUUUGUGUUAUAUGACACAAAACAAUGCUAUAUUUUACCUGUCUACAAAAAGUGUUAUUAUAAGCAUAAAUUAUUAUUAUCAACUUGAUGGUUUAGGUUCUAAGUUGCAUUUGUGACAGUUUUCAUUUCAGCUCAUUCGCAAAUUUUAGGGCAAAGUAUUGAGCUGCCUACAGGGCAAAAAUCUUUAUUGUAAUUUUUGUGUUUUAUUUGCUUAAACUGAAAGUUAUUAUUUAUGUUGAGUGAGUUUCAAAACAAAAGUUCAAACUGUUACAACCCAUUGUUAAAAAUACAUAAGUUAGUCCAGUGGUUUUCCUCUGACAAGAAAUUUGUUGACAUGAGUUUCUAGUUUAUAAAGAUUUAAUGUACGUAAAAUUUCUUAGAUGGUAACCAAUGCAGUAAAUUAUAUUGUGAUCAAACAACAAUUACAGGGACUCUUAAUUAUCCUGAACCUCGCUGAUUUGGCGAAGAAAAUUGUCCACUAAAAUGUAAGAUUCUGAUACGUUUGGUAUAAUUCCUGGUAUUUGACUGUUUGAGCGCUCAGCCCCUCAAAAUUAAUUUACUACUACUCUAUUCCCUAUUUAAAGCAGCCCCCAGAUAUAAAUACUGAAAACAAUUACAUUUACAUAUCUCUUAAUGGACUCUAACAGAACCAUUCAGCAGGUAAAGUUUUUAAUUUGCUGACUAACCUGAGAAAAUUGUUCCGUGUUUGUUCUCAUUUUGGAGAGGUCCAAGGCCAGUCGACAUCAGCGCUGCAACGAAACAAUCAUCCAGUUAAUGGAAAUACCACAACAGAGAACAGGUGACAUUUACAGAAACCUCUGAAGUUUAGACCGAUUAAAUAAAAAACAUGGCCACUGGUAUACUCUCAACGUGGAUUCCAAACACACAAAAAAUAAUACAUAUACAAUACAGUCAUGGAAUUGUUUGUAGAAAUACAAGCACAGUCUCAUUAGGUUUUGCUGACGGCUCUUCACUGCAGCUGGUAUGAAUUAAAAGAUCCCUUAUUUAUUUAUUUAUUUAUUUUAAACUGAGUUGUAAUGGUUAGUGGUUUUAACAGUAUUUCCAGCAACACGUGAAGGUAGUAACUUCCUAACAGAGCUUAUGUAGUUCAGAAUAUUUUCAUACUAUGUUAGAUUGUGCAGGUGAUAAAUGAGAUUUAAAAUAGCUUCUUUGUAGAGCUUGAUGUUGUUUACCUCAAGCUUUUUUGAACUUCUCUUCCGAAUUCCUGAUAGGCCUAGUUGCUUCAUGUAAAGUCACUGCCUAACUUAAAUUAAAUUAGUGGGCUUUAUCAAAGACACGUCAGCUGCUUUUGCCUAAGAUUUUACAUCAGAGUCGAGUCAGUUCUGAGUCACGUGGUUUUCUUGUUUCCCGUUUCUGAUUUGUUUCUAAAGUGAACUUUUUUUGGACAUCCUCAUGUCGAAUUUUCCCCUUAUUGGAAGAGACAUGAUUCUGUAUAGUAUAAUAUGAUAACUGACUUUUUUUAUACCAAUUAUCGAAAAUAUUGAAAUGUUGCUCUCUAGACCUCUUUAAUUAUAAAAAUUCAAAAUUUUAGAGGGAUUUUCAGGAUUUUUUUUUUGGGUGUCUUAGCUGGUGCAGUUUAGUUGAAAACCUUUAAAGUUUCUCACUUUUAAGAGCCACUGGUUGAUGCUACAUCCUGCAUAUCAUAACGCAGGAAGAGGCUCCUGACCCAAGUACUGACUCGGCCUACUAGGUGGGGGCAGUUUGACACAAAAACACCAGGUUGUCCCAAAAUGUUCAGUCAGUAUUAGAUUGUCCCGUCAAUUCAGUCAGUUUAGAAAGUCAUUCGAUUUUAGAUGGCAGAUUCAUGUGCAUGGCACCUGACAUUGAUCAGAGUCAUCGUCAGUUAUCCUCUGCCUGUCACAGGUUUCUAAAUGCUGCAGUUACAUGUCUGAACAUGAAUGAAGAUAUGCACUUUAAAAACAGAUUUUAAAAUGGAAGAAAAGAAGUUAUAUCUUGUUUCGAUGUCAAAAUGUCAAGAGAUCUUUUUUGUACCUCACCUGCUUGACACAGUGUGCAUUAGCUGUUCAAGCAAAAGCUAUCUCUGAACUUAAUAUUCUCAUCACACUCUCAAGUAAAUUCUACAUGGUACGUGAAGUUAUCAUGCCCACAUAAAAUAUCUUAAAUGUGAUUAAAAUGCUGACACAAGUUGUUGCCUCAGUUAAUGAGUUAGCAAUUUGCUGACUGAAACUAACUUCAUUCAUAAAAAUGCUAGCAUAAUCAUCUUCAGUGUGUUUGAGGAGGAAGACCAAAGUGCUUAUUGUUUGUUAUUGUUUGUCUCUGCUGGAAAAAGAAUGUAUUUGCAGCAUUAUGCUUUAAAAUCUGUUUCCCUUUGGAAAUACUUUAAGUUGUAUUUUUGUUUUCUUUUUGGUAUUGUGCUUUUUGUUCUCUCAUUAUUCAUUUGUAAAGGUUACUUGUUCCUCACGCUUGUUGCAGAGGAGAGACAUGUUUUACUGUGUUUUUAAGGAACAAAGAGGUUUGAAUUGUAUGUAUGAAAAUGAAUCUAGGUAAAAAGGACUCUAUGUUGUGAUUCUGUUUUCAAAGAGUCUGAAUAUUUAGACUUAGAUUUUUUGUGAACUGGUCUGUCCACAAGGUCUACAUUUUUAUAAGAAAAAUAAAAAGAAAUGGAUGUUGACUCAGA